GUCUGAGAUCAUGGGGCAGGUGACAGCUGAAUGAGAGAUGAUCUCCCAGAAACACCAAAGUCCUACAGGACAACGACAGGCAGAUCAUCAGCCUCAGACAGAGCAACAACCAUGGGCCAAAAGCUGGAGAGGCUGUCGGAAAGGGAUGAAGAGUCGCUUGAUGAUUCAGAGUGGUCGGGGCAAACUGAAGAGACAGAACAGUCGGAGACUGCAGCAGAACAAGAUGAGAGCAGAGAUCAGGAGGAUGGCAGUUUUGCGACCCCUGGGGGUAUUGGCUGGAUUAGUGGGAUCAGUGUCACUGGCCCUGCCACUGGGCAAACAGGGGAGCUCACAGUCACUUCUGCACGUACAGACCCCCAAACUGGGCAGCCAAUCAGAUCUCUAGGUCAGCAGGAGCACCCUGUGAACACCAAGGGAGAGUGUGUGGGUGGAGACAGAAAGAGCCACAGUGUCACUCGGACUGCAGAGGAGUCAAAAACUGUCCUGAGCCCUAAGGAGACAAGACAAACUUCAGACAAAAGGCAAGGGUCUAGGAGUAAGGCUGUGGCCUAUAUUGGGACUACAGCUAUGGAGGAGCAGGGAAACGGGAAGAAAUCGGACCUUGCUUGUAAAAAGUUAGGUCCUGACACUCAAACCGGCUCAUGCAAUCCCUCUAAUGAGGAGGACUUUGUGGUGCUCGAGGAGGAUGAGACUUGGAUGUCAUCUGACGGGGAACAUAAAACCACUUUUGGCAAUAAAACAGAUGAUCUUCAGUCUCCUUUUAAAGGAAGCGUUGAGGAGAACGCUUCUGCAAGUGGCAGUAACCUUCCACAACCUUCCAAGAAUGCUCCUCAAGAAAAGGGUAAUGAGAAGAAAAGCAAGAGAAGAUCUGACACACUUUCAGUCACAGCCGACAGUGUGGAAGCACAUGCUGAAAGUUCACCCGCAGAUUGUUUUGAGAGGGAAAUGGUUCCAGAUUUGGCUGAAGUGACAGGCAGCAGGUGUCAGCUAAAAAGAGUUGGUCAUGUUGGGGCUGCCCAAACCAAGGCAACUGGGAGAGGAAGAGCAGAGAGGGAGCAAGACAUGAAUGACUACAGCAAGGGGGAGGUCUCUACUUACAGUAACGUGACACAAAACAGUGGCUCGGGGAAAAGAUUAAGAGAGAGCAGUGAUGAUUUGGGAAACAUGCUUAAUGAAGCAGGCCAGUUGAUUGUUCAAGAGGAGCCAGGAGGGGAGAAAGAGACAAAGUCAAAAUGGGAACCAUGCUUGGAAAAGGUAGAUCCUUCUUUAAGAGAGGAACAUCAAUGCAAGGGAAGCCACAAUGUACAAAAAACAGCAGAAGCAGAUCAGUCCCAUCUGAGUAGGUUUGCGGGCGCUGUCUCAAAGAGGGCUAAGGCAGGUAGUUUGUGUACCAAGAAAGAGGAUGGCCAAUUGGCUAGCAAAGCAGCCGACUCUCACCCCCUAAAAGCAAAGCCCUCUAGCUCUGAAACACCACUUCUAGAAGACAAUCCCUCGUUUUCACUGGAACAGUGUGAUACGACCCACUGUGUUCCUCUGCCAGGCAAUGAAGGCUGUGAUGAACUGAUACAGGUCGCGAGCUUGAAGAGGGAGAGCAAUCAUGUUUGCUUCUCUGCCGUCGUCACCCCUCCACCUGUAACUCAUCUGUUGCCUGAGAAAGUCACAUCAAUGGCGACACAACUUGGUACAAGUGUGGUAAAUUCACAAAUGGCGCCAGAUGCCUCAUGUGACUCUAGAGAUGAAUCUAUGCCAAAAGAAAAACCCAGAGUUAAAGGCCCACCUCCGCCUGUCCCCAAAAAACCUAAAAACCCUUUUAUAAAGCUGAAAACCGCACAAUUGAAGUCUGGUGAUGUGCAAAGAAGAGGCAAAGAUCAUCUACGCUCUGAGGAGAGGGUCAAGAGGAGGCACACUUUUGAUUUUCAUGUUCCAUACAACACUCUAACUAAUCAGGACAUGUGCUUGUUGUGGGACGAAAGGGGCACUUACACAGUGCCAACCAACAUACGACGGCUCUCAGCUGACCUCAGCCCUUGGGAAAACCUUUCACUGGGACAUAUGGAUGAUCGGUACGGAGACAUGGUCGACUUUGACUACUGCGGGCGUGUGGCACAGCUGUCUCCAGAGGCAGAGCCGCCAAACCUGGACAUGUUGGAGAGAAGAAUAUUCCUGGAGAGAAAAUCCAGAUUUAAAAGCUCGCCUCCUGUUGCGAAAAAGCCCCAAAUUCGUGUUGCAUCCAAAGAGAUUCUUCACACACCUGAGGUCACAUCAGACAAUGAAAUCCAAAGACCAAAACCUGCUCCUUCAGGGAAACAAGAAAUCUACCCAGAGCUCCAAUCUGCAAGAGUCAUCAGCGACAACCGUGGUAACUAUGUUAAGCAUAGAGAGUACCACAGUAGUGAUCGGGAUGCAAGCUGUAACAGCAAGGUGGGUUCUUACAAGCCCGUGGCGGAAAUUAUCAAAGAAAAAAAUCAAGUGCAAAGACAUCAGAGAUGGGUCAAACCUGAAGGGGUUAAAGCUCAGGUUCGGGUGGCUGAGGAGGGUCCAAGUGUGAAAGUAUCCCAGAUGAAGAAUGCCUUUGAUGUCCCAAAGAAAUCCAAAGAGAGACCUCCAGAAGUUCCACCACCUCCAAAGAAAGAUAUGUUGCGGCGAGUUGUGCGACAGAGCAAGUUCCGUCAUGUGUUUGGGCAGGCCGUGAGGAACGACCAGUGCUACGAUGACAUCCGCGUGUCCAGGGUCACAUGGGACAGCUCCUUCUGUGCCGUCAACCCCAAAUUUGUUGCCAUCAUCAUAGACGCCAGUGGGGGAGGAGCCUUUCUUGUACUUCCUCUACAAAAGAGCGGACGCAUAGACAAGGUCUAUCCUACAGUAUGUGGUCACACAGGCCCGGUGUUGGACAUCGACUGGUGUCCUCAUAAUGACCUCGUCAUUGCUAGUGGCUCUGAGGACUGCACGGUCAUGGUUUGGCAGAUCCCUGAGAACGGACUGGAGACUCCCCUUUCAGAGCCUGUGGUCGUGCUAGAGGGACACUCUAAGAGGGUCGGCAUUGUGUCUUGGCAUCCCACCGCUCGCAACGUUCUCCUCAGCGCAGGGUGUGACAACCAGAUCAUCAUUUGGAAUGUGGGCACGGGAGAGGCCAUGAUCAACCUGGACGACAUGCACCCUGAUGUUAUCUUUAGUGUCAGCUGGAGCCGCAAUGGCAGCCUGCUCUGCACCGCCUGCAAGGACAAGAAGGUCCGCAUCAUCGACCCCCGUAAAAAAAAGGUUGUUGCGGAGAAGGACAAAGCCCACGAGGGAGCUCGACCAAUGAGAGCCAUCUUUUUAGCAAAUGGAAACAUCUUCACCACUGGAUUCAGCCGCAUGAGCGAACGCCAGCUGGCCCUGUGGAAAGCUGAAAACUUCGAUGAGCCAAUAUGUGUUCAAGAGAUGGACUCCAGUAAUGGAGUCCUGCUGCCCUUCUAUGACCCCGACACCAACGUAGUCUACCUGUGUGGAAAGGGUGACAGCAGCAUUCGGUACUUUGAGAUCACUGAUGAGGCACCGUAUGUUCACUACCUCAACACCUUUUCCACCAAGGAGCCCCAGAGGGGGAUGGGAUACAUGCCCAAGAGAGGCCUGGAUGUCAACAAAUGUGAAAUCGCAAGGUUUUACAAACUGCAUGAGAGAAAAUGUGAGCCAAUCAUCAUGACAGUCCCGCGUAAGUCGGAUCUGUUCCAGGACGACCUGUAUCCCGACACAGCCGGCCCCGACCCCGCCCUGGAGGCAGAGGAGUGGUUUGCCGGGAAGAACGGAGGCCCCAUCCUGAUCUCGCUCAAAGAUGGCUACGUUUCCACAAAGAACCGGGAUCUGAAAGUGGUCAAGACGAACGUCCUGGAGACCAAGCCGCCCACUAAAGCAGAGAACAUCCCGACUGUCCAGAAGCACGCUUCUCCGCAGCCCUCAGUAAAAAUGGAAGAUAAACUGGAAGAGGUACUCCGAGAGUUCAAGUCACUCAGGGACCGUGUCAUCCUCCAAGACCGUCGAAUCGCCAGACUGGAAGAGCAGGUUGCCAAGGUUGCCAUGUAAGACGCGACCCCAUUCCCGGGACGGUACGUCAUUUUUUGGAGAGGAAUCGCAUGGACGGGGAGGGGUCAGCCACGGCCAAAUUCUCAAAGAUUCGGCUUCAUUGAGCUUGGCGUCGUCCCUGCGAUGAGACCAAGCCCUACAUUCCAAGAUGAACUUUAUUUUUUCCUCAUCAAGUCUCCAGUUUCACACUUCGCCCCAACACACACAGAGAAAAAGGAGAAACUCUCGCAGCUCAUGUACACAAUUGAAGAAAAGACAUUUUUGUUGAAGGAAAAAGUCUUAAUUUUUUUUUUGUUUUUCAAAUUGUGGUAAAACAUUCUUAUGUGAAGUUUGUACUUACUACUCAAAAACUGUAUGUAGCAUCAGUAUUUCCAUUGUUAUUUUUUGUGUUGCCAAAUAUAAAUCGUGUGCGGCUUCAUGCACUGCUUUUACAUUUAUUUUCUCUCCUGUUGUACAUUCCAGUCACAACCUGCUAGAUUGAUUUAGUCAAGCUGGAAUUUUUUUAAAGACAAUAGCUGUUGAACUUUUUUCCUCCCACCAGUUUGCUCAUUGAAAACCAUCAGGUUUAUGAAUGUGGAAGAAUUCCUUCUAAAACGUUUUGUUCCUGUUCUUCUGGGCUUGAAAUUUACCAUUGGGUUUUAUUGGGGAUGGGGGGUGGGGGGGGUUGCAUCUCUCUGGUGUAAAUGUUGUGCAAAUGUAGUGGUGCCUCUUGUCACUGUUAAGGGUCAAAUUAAAGUCGCCCUCUCCAGUGCAUAUUUGGUGUUGGGAAGGGACCACUCACCCAGCUUGUGUUUCACUGAACCCCUGACAAACAGUUCUGUGCACAUAAUAAAGAUUUUACA